CCUCGGUUGUGAUUGAAUGCAACACUAAGGCCUUUUCCGGUCUCUUUUCACCCACCCACAGGAAGAAAAUGGUGAGUGGAAAAAUAGUCAGAGAUGUAUCUUACAACAUCUAUUUAUGUAUCUGUUUAUUUUACCAUAGAUCGUUGUGAUUUACGACUUGUAAUCACCGAUAAUGGUUUCUCAUCGAUAUUGUUUUUGAUGUAACGUUAGAUGGUGUAAAAAAAACUUGAACGUUUGCUUGCCUAUAUGCUUGCUGGCUAACUUGCCUAUUCAACUAGCUAGCUUGUUACCGGCAAAAGUAAAGUGCACUUUCAACUAAAGCACCCUUUUUGUUCUUUUUUUUCGGGUGGGAAGUGUUUUUAUGUAAUGCUUUAUUCACAUGACUUAAAUAAAUGUGAACAUGUAUAACUAGCUAGCUCAAUGCCUAACUACCACUAGGCAACAUGGCUAACGUCAGCUUUCUAGCAAAGGAAGCAUUGCUAACUGGUUGCCUUGCUUAGAGCAAACAUUGAACUAACUACCUAAGUUGCCUAGAAACGUUCCUAGUCCAUCUUAAUUACCUAAGCAUACAGUCGGCUGUACAGCAAAUGAUUAAUUCUCUGCAAAGAAUUACCAAUCUUGUCAAUGAUGUUUUCAAUACAAAUGUCUGAACAUAUGAAUUUCAGUGAUUCUCACUUGUUGACUGAGACAUGAUCCCGACCUCUCCAUGCAUGCACACUGGAUGACAAACAUCUCUUUGGCUAACUUAUGGACCUUGUGUGUUUCAGACGAAGGGGACAUCGUCCUUCGGAAAGCGGCGUAAUAAGACGCACGCUCUGUGCCGUCGCUGUGGCUCCAAAGCUUACCACCUGCAGAAGUCGUCCUGCGGAAAGUGUGGGUAUCCUGAGAAACGCAAGAGAAGAUGUAAGUGCCAUUCCUUGAACGAUCAUUUAUGGUUUAGUUAUUGUCUCAACAUGUUGAAUGCUGAGGGUUGUUGCGGCAUCUUUUACCGCUUGCCUUAUUGACUUGUUAGAAUAUUUGACACAGUGCAGCAUGACACAAUUCAUGUUUACUACCCAGUGUCUUGUCAAUGAUGUUUUCAAUACAAAUGUCUGAACAUAUGAAUUUCAGUGAUUCUUACUUUGUGACUGAGACGAGACCCCAACCUCUCCAUGCAUGCACAUUGGAUGACAGAUCUUUCCCUAACUUGUGUGCCCCCACGUCUGUUGACUAGGAGUGAGAAAUCACAAAUCAGGAUCUCAAAGUUGACCAGCUAACAGAUUAACAAUAACUUUUUAGUCUAUUCUGGAAAUGAAGUUGAGGAUAUUUGGGAACGUUUGCUGGCAAAACCUUUGAUCCUGCUUUGUGACAAUUCCCUUUGCUAUGCCCCUUUUGUGUGUUGACCUGUUUCUUUCUGUAGACAACUGGAGCGCUAAGGCCAAGAGGAGGAACACCACUGGGUCCGGCCGCCUGAGACACCUGCGGGUCGUCUACCGCAGAUUCAGGUGAGCACAUCAACAGAGUACUCAUGUAAAGCCAGGGGUACACAGUCCUGCUGAUUUUUGCCCCAUUGCCUGGAAAACCAAGGUCGUUCAGUAGGGCACAUGGCAAAAUGUUUUGCAUCUGAAAAUGGCAUUCUCAUUGGACAAGUUCAAUUAGGACGCUCUUCCCCUUUCAAAGCGUUUUCUCCUGAUUCCUGCCUACUGAAUGCGACCCUGGUGUGUGGACUCCAGCCAAUCGUUAACAUUAGUGCAGGGGUGUCAAACUCAUUCCACGGAGGGCAGUGUGUCUGCAGGUUUUUACUUUCAAUUAUGACCUAGACAACCAGGUGAGGGGAGUUCCUUUACUAAUUGGUGACCUUGAUUGAUGAAUUAGUUACAAGGGUGGAGCGAAAACCUGCAGACCCUCGGCCCUAGGUGGAGAAAUGAAAACCUGCAGGACUGGAUCUCAAGGGCCUGAGUUAAUCAAAUGCUAAGGACAUUCAGGUCAUUCUACAAUAUGAGAGUUUAUUUGUGGUGGUUGACACUGUUAUAUGUGAAUCGAUCUCUGCUCCUGAGUCUGGUUGUGGCCCAAUAAGCCACUGCUAUCCGCCUGUUUGCUCUGUUAAAACUGUUGCUUUGAAAAUGCUAGCUGAAAUGAGCUUGCCAAUGAUGUCACAAAAUGUCUGAACAAAUGAGAUCACAGUGAUAUUAAGAUUUUUACUGAGGCAAGCUUCACUACCCCAUCAGUUGUGACCUAGGGGUCCCGGAGAAGACUUUUGAAAACCACUGACCUAGGGUCCAGAUAGAACUCAAUUUAUUCUGCCGCAUCUGUUAAUAGCAAUCUGUUACAUAGUUGGUUCAGCACUAGCAUAUGCAUCCAACAGACUUUCACAAAUAACACCACAACCUGUAAAGACCUAUAGUGACUGAAUGAAAAGUUGCUAAUUACCUUAGGUGAGCCGUAAGGUUACAAUUCUAGUCUUCUACAUAAUGUUCAGAUCUUAUUUUCUUUCCCUAUCCUUUUCAGGAAUGGAUUCCGGGAAGGGACCACCCCAAAGCCCAAGCGUGCUGCAGUGGCUGCCUCCAGCUCAUCCUAGACACACUUUGGAUUUACUUGUUUAAAUAAAUGUGUUGUUGAUAGUUUUGAGUCUUGUCUGGGGUUUUUUCAGUAUAACAUGAAUCAUCCAUGAACUCUUUCCACAGAUCAGUGUGAACUGUGCAGUGCACUGGGGUUCACCAAUCCCAAUUGAAUAAAUAUUUGCACUUAUCCUACCUGGCUGUUCUUUUUAAAGAGUGUUUGUCAACUUGCACAUUUGGUCCAAUUGAAAAAGCAUUAUUUCCCAAGCCACUGCUUUAAUCAUCAGUUGACAUAGCUUCUAACGGCCAUAGAAAUGGUAUGGGUAAGACAACCUUUUUACAGUAUUGUGUGGUGGGAUUAUAAAAUAUGCCAUUUAGCAGACUUUUAUCCAAAGUGAGUUAGGCAUGCAUACAUUGGCAGUCCUUUGUGGGCAAAUUAUGUCAUCAGACUUUGUCAUCAAAAUAACAUACCAGAAGGGGGCAUCGUUUACCAGGCUACCUAAAUUAUUGGGAUCAUCUGAUUACCCCGAGUGUUUGGAGGACGUUAAGUUCAUUGACAAAACAGACCAUGGGAGGCCUUUUCACACAGAUUUAUUUGUCAAACGUUCGCGGUGGGGUCUGUGUAAACUAUGUGAUUAUAUUGGAGACAGGACAUUUCAUCUAUUAAUUUACUGGUAUAGUAUUUCAAAGUAGCAGCCAUAUCAGCCAG